AUGCGAUCCUUGUGGUUGUUUCUACUGGUAGCAGCGCCACUGGUACUAGCGGAGGAUAAGCUGAAAAAGCCCAAUCCCGCCGUAGCGCCAGCGGUGGCUUCCACGUCCAAGAUCGCCGACAGCGUAGCCAGCCCCAGCGUGACCGAGUACAAAAAGACGCUCAUCCGCAAGCCGAAGCGUUCGAACGGUGAGAUUCCUCUGCUCAUCAUCCGUCCGGUGGACAAACGGCGCAAGAUAUACUUCAAGGAGCCGACGGUGAAGAUCGCUUCCGGCGGUGUGGCCACGUAUGGCACCUAUCCUGAGCUUCAUACGAACGACGGUGAGAUGUUUACGCUCGAGCACAUGCUGCCGAUCCUCAGCCUGGAGGGCAUGCUGAAAGGGUUCUCCAAGCACGGUCCGAACCACUUCGUACCCUCGCCACAGUUCAAACCGUCCGACAUCCAUCACCUGGUGGCGCCCCAGAAGACGAAGGAAGAGUAUCACCAUCAGCUCGCGCCGCUAAAACCGAGCCAGCUGCUGUCGAUCUCGCACAAACCGGCCGAGGCCGUGCCGGCCCAGACGCUACCAUCGCCGCCGCCCCCGAACUACGUACCGGCCGUAAAUUCUGAAGAUCAGCUACUGAAACUUGGUCAACCACAGCCUUCCUUUUCGCCCCUGGUACAGGACAAGCCGGCGUUCGUCAAGCCCGAGCAGCUGCCCGCCAGCUUCAACUUCAAGGUGCAGGAGGAGGUCGGCCACUACAAGGUGAACGCGAUCCCGCUGUCGAAGCCGCCGGCGGCAUCCGAGCCGCACCACCAUCAGCACCACCAUCCGGCCCAUCAGCAGCACCAUCACUACGGGCAGCCGACGGCCGGGGGCGCCACCAGCUACGUCGGCAGCCAGCAGGGUAAGUCGCCCCAGCCGCCCCAAUCGCAACCGCUCUACAUCCAUGCAGCGCCACAGGCCACCGACCACCACGCGUCCAGCAGUGGCAGCAAGUGGCAGGAGGUCGUCCCGAAGAAGUCUCCGCAAGUGUCCGUGUCCACCAACUUUUACCAUCCGAAAACGAUCGUCACCGAGCAGGACCAGUCGCAGCACACGAAGGCGUACGCGCAGGCCCAGCAAGCGGUUGCAGCACCGCCGUCCCAGCAACAGCCAACCGUGCAGACGCAUCUGAGCUACUACUUCCCGAAGGAAGAGUCGGCACCGCAGUCGGCCCCGGUCGCCCACCACCAGCACGGCCAGCAGUCGGCGACGUCGUACAGCAAUGUGCAGGCGAGCGGUAGUGCACCGACCGGCGACCAUCUUGCCGACACGCCCGCCGAAAAGCCCAUCCACAAGACGUACAGCUCGCACAUCAAGCAGAAGUACCAGAAGCAGCACCAUCAGCAGCCGCACGUCUUCAUCCAGAAGUACUUCGAGUUCCCGUCCAAGCCCGGCACGCACCAGAAGAACGUCGUGAGCGAGUUCCACGGUUCGCACGGUAACGACACGUCCGACCAUCAGCAUCUGCCCGAGCCACAGGCCUACGCCGCGCCCCAGUAUCUGCCACUGCCCCAGCCGCAGGCCCUUCAUCAGCCACAGCACACGGUCAAUGGCGGUCCGGGGGCCCAAACGCUUCACCUGCAGCUGCACCACCCUGUACAUCAUCCGGUGCACCAUCCGAUGCAUCACGGUGGACCUGCUCAAAGCUACUGGAAGUUUGGGCGUCGCAACCAGGACACGGCCCAGGCAGUCAAACCAGUGGUAGAGCACACGAACGAGCCGGACCAUCACGAUAGCCAGCAUGCCGGUUCGGUUCUGCGCCCGGUCAAGCACACGACAGUGACCAUCGGGACAAGCACGGAGUCGGCGGCAUCUGCCAGCAAGGACAGCAAGGACGGACAGCCCCAGGCUCAGGAUCGUAUCGAUCAGGGUGCGCAGACGACCAACAGCACUGCCAGUGCGUCCACCAGUGCGCCGACCCGAACGCCCAAGCAGAUCCAGCACGGCUGUGAACGGCGCUGCAUUCGCAACACGGUCGCCCAGGCGUACGAGCCCGUGUGCGGCACGGACGGUGUGACCUACUCGAACCGGGGCAAGCUGCGCUGUGCCCGAACGUGCGGUAAUGACGAUCUCGAGAUACGAUCGUACGGCGAAUGUUCCACGACCUCGCGGAACGCAUAA